AUGGUCACCAUUAGCUUGGUGACACUAAAGUUCAGAUCUCAGCAACUGGCAGAUCUCCUGGAAACUGUCAACAGGUCAUUUUACAGGAUGCAAUUUCUCGCGGGGAUGUGGAUUGUGGCCUUAGGGUGCACGGUGGUGCUCUCGGCUCCUGCAGAUCAAAAUUCUGCUGUCCAGGUUCCAGAUGCUCCAGCUGCUGAUGUAGGCCUUGCUCCAGAGGUCGUUAAAUCAACUGAUGUCAGUGAUGAAACCUCUCUGAAAUCUGCAAAUGAUUUCUCUGCAAUUGAUGUACAGCCGAGUAUUGUCUUGACGCCGGACGGCAACCUAAAAGCUGAGGUUAUAGUUCCUGUCUCAUCUUUGAAAUCCGGUAUCCAGGGGAAUACAACGAAAUCCACUCAACUUAUCUCACAAUUGAUCGUUAAUUUGCUCAAGGUUCCUAUUAAUGUCAUUACUACUGUGGUUGAGUCAAUAUUUAAUGGGAUCCCAACCACUCAGGCCGGUGGGCAAGUUACCGUCACUCAGACUUCUCCUGCAGUCGCCAAGACGUAGUGAGGUUACGACACACCAUG